GUCGUGUGCGGUGGGCGUGCGCGAGGAGGAUGCUUCUGUCAGAGUUAGCGUUCAGGCUUUAGCGAUGUUUCUGUCAGGGCUUUUAACGCUUUGGGCGACCACUUUCACACUUUCGGGACAUUAUGUCGCGUUUGCGCUGCAAGACGUGAGCAAGGAUUUGUUCGGGUCGGAAAACCACGGCACGGUAGCCGCGUUUGGAGACUUCAACUCGGACAAACAGACGGAUAUCUUCAUCCUCAGAGGCCAGACUGAGCUGUUGAUUUUCUUGGCUGAUCUCAAAGCUCCCUAUUUCAAACCUAAAGUGCAUCUCACCAAAGACGCUUUCCCACGUGACAUUUCCGUCAUCACUAGCGUAGUCCCAGCGGAUUACGAUGGAGACUCUCAAAUGGACGUCCUUCUCACUGGUCAUCUGAAAAACUCCGACCCCGGGCAGAACAGUGUGUUCAUCUUCUGGGGGAACAACCAAACUUUGGAUCAGAGUGGGAGGGUUGACCUUAAUAACACCUUUCAGGACCAGCCUCUUGUCAUGGACUUUAAUGGGGACAUGGUUCCAGACAUUUUUGGAGUUGUGGAUGGUGCUCCAGAAAUUUGCUACCUGCGCAACAGGAAGCUGAGAUGUGAGAAAGCUCUCAGCAGUGGUGUGACUAUCCGUGUUCCUCACUCCAACGCCUUCAUUGACCUUAACAAGGACUUCACUGCGGAUUUGUUCCUCAGCACACAAUCCAAUUCAGGAUUGGAAUUUGAGACAUGGAUCAAUACGGAUGGGAACUUCACCAGGAACCACUCAGUAGGGGUUCCAGAGGACAGCAGUGUAGUCGGCCAGUCAGCCUUUGUAGACUUCGAUGGUGAUGGUUCCCAGGACCACCUCCUGCCUAUGUGCCUGGACAGUGUGUGUAAGAAAAGUGCCAUUUACCUGGCAAAACCAGGCCAUACUGAGUGGGCACCUGUCCUGCUGGACUUUCAGAACCGGGACACACUGUGGGGGUUCGUGUCCCCUCCUCACAACCCCAGUGAGGGGGAGCUGGAGCUGCCCAUCACCCUGCACCUGGGGGACUACAACCUGGACGGCUUCCCCGAUGCUCUGGCCAUUCUCUGUAACACCAGUCACCGCAGUGAACAGGCGCAGGCGUUCCUCUUGGAGAACGUGCCGUGUACGAAUGCAAGCUGCAGAAGCGUCGGCCGCAUGUUCCGUGUGCACUGGGAUCAGUCUGACCUCAGCGCCAUCCCCAGGGCUGCCGUCGCCACCUUCUUUGACAUCUACGAGGAUGGUAUAUUGGAUAUGAUUGUGCUGAGCAGAGCAGACGGACAGCAGGACUUUAAGAUCCACGCUCUGAAGAACAACUUUGAAGCAGAUGCCUAUUUUGUGAAAGUGAUUGUACUCAGUGGCAUCUGCUCCAAUGACUGUCCGGAGAAAGUGAAGCCCUUUGGAGUCAAUCAGCCUGGCCCAUAUGUCAUGUACAUGUCUGUGGACUCUAAUGGGUACCUGAAGAACGCUUCAGCGGGACAGCUCAGUCAGUCAGCCCAUCUCUCUCUCCAGUUGCCCUACACUGUACUCGGACUGGGACGCAGUGCUAAUUUCCUCGACCAUCUUUUUGUGGGAAUUCCCAGACCCCUUGGAGUAAAGGACAUGAGGAAACAGGAAUGGACUGCUAUCAUUCCCAACUCCCAGCUCAUCGUCAUUCCCUAUCCAAACAGUGACCCUCGCAGUUGGAGUGCUAAGCUGUACUUGACGCCCAGUAACAUCGUCCUACUGACUGCCGUCGCACUGAUCGGGGUGUGUCUCUUCAUCCUGGUCAUCAUUGGGGUCCUACACUGGCAGGAGAAGAAAGCUGAUGACCGGGAGAAACGUCAGGAAGCCCACCGUUUCCACUUUGACGCCAUGUGAGGCACCACGGGAGAACAACCACAACCAUCUCACUGGAGAUGUAAUCCUUCAUGUUAUGUGAUUUCCCCACUAGAGAUUUAUUUAUACAUUUCUGUUGAAUGUGUUAUUAUUUAUGACUAAGGCAUGUCUGGGAACUCUGGGGAAACUCUGGUCUGAAGACCAGAAUUGUUUUUAUUUGUGACGGUUUGAGCCCAAAACUGUAAGGUUUUGUUCUCACAGUCGAAGUGAACAAAAAGUGCUGUUUCCCCUUAAGUAUGAAACUGCAGUGACACUUUAUUUUUUGGUUUUUUUUUUGAUGUGAUCUGAACUUCUGCUAAACCUCUUUCUUGGAUUUGGUAAAAGAAGCUUUGCAAUGCCAGUUCUAACGGAUACAUUUUAUUUUCAAUGGAUUGUAUUCAUUUUAUUUUUAUAUUUUGAGGUUAAACUGAAGCUUCUUCUGAACGUGCUUUUGCAAAAUUCCUCCUCACUUUUAUCCUUUCCAACCGCGUCCCCUCGGAGAUGCUCUUCCUCGCAAACCGCUGCCCUUCGGUGAAGUCCCAACCCUCCCUUCUCACUCUCUCAGGAUUUGUGGCUGGUACUGUCGUUGAACGCCAGUAUCCCGGUGGCCCAUGAGGCGAGGCAGUAAGUUGUGUUUCAUUCCAGUCGUAGUAGCACAGACAUGGGUGUGCCCUUUCACCCCGUCUCACCCCAACAACCUGGGAGCCUGUAGACCAGGUAACACCCCCCACCCCUGCCCUGUGUUCCCCUGGCUACCUGUCAUGUACCCAGUAUACCCUCUAACAACUCCUCGUUAGAUUGGAAUGUUGUGUGUGUGGUGGAGAUUCGUUGGGCUGGCCAGGAGUAAAAAUACCCCCCAGUAAGGGACUUCAGUGUAAUUAGUGGGUGAUAAUGCUCUAAAUGUCAUGUCUUAGAAACAUACAGGCUGAAUUUUAAUUUGCACAUCAUCUCGCUCAUUUAUUAACGUGGGCUUAAUAAAUGAUCUGUCUGUCCCUGCAGCCUCAUCCCUUCCUAAACACACAGCCAUGUUUUUGUGGUUUCAUAUUUCUGUGUGAUUUCUAACUACUUAUUUAAUAUUUCUUUUGUAAUACACUAAGCUGCGUGUGUUACAGUGAAUAUGGAAGUUCUGAGUAGUUGCUGUAUCCUCGUGCGUAUUACCACUUCAUUUGCAUCCUUGUACCUCCCAGUGUGCACAACAUGGUGACAAACCUUCACGGCUAUCCAUCUGAGAGCUUUCUUUUCAGAGUGCCAUGACCUUCCGCUGCUAGUCCCAAGCUGUAACUAGCAAGUCUGUGGCCAUCAGCCUGGCCGGUCUCCCUGACUUCUCCUGUCUGCUCUGCACUGUGUGGAAUUUUACCAUUUUACGGUGGAUUGAGAUUAAUGUCAUUAAAUGUACCUAGAAAAAUAAACAUUACCAAAUACUUUGCUA